AUGUCCAUCCCGCCUUACCCCACACUUCUCACGUCUGAUCAUACAAAAGCUAGAACGUCCCUGUCUCCACCUCGGCCUACAACCACUGCCAUCCCAUCUCAUACUGCCUCGACCGUUUCAAACACCAUCACCACUUCCACCACCAAUCCUACAAGCCCUGCGUCCUCUUCUUCAAAAAACUUCAACCAUACAAUUCACGCACCCAAAGCAGGACGCCGCACCUCCUCAAGACAAACAACUCUCGAGUCACUCCUCGGCCCAACCCUGCGCCUCCCUAUUCCAUCCAAAGCCAACAAGCCUUUCCUCCCAGAGAUCAAGGAUGGAGCUCUGAGAGAUGGUUAUAGUUAUAACAGGGACGGCAGCAGCGGCAGCGAAGAUGAACAGGACGCGGAUGUUGAUGAUACCUACGACGAGGACAACGACGACUAUGAAUACAACAAUGGCGGUCAAGAAAAAGACGACGGCGAGGAUGAGAAUGAUGUGCGCUCCAAGGAAGAUCCACUGGCAUCUCAGGUGUGGAAGAUGUAUUCCAAGGCCAAGGACUCGUUAGACGGACAGCGAAUGGAGAACAUGACAUGGCGGAUGAUGUCUUUAUCGCUGAACAAGAAAGAUACUGCCGCCCAGAACACAAUCAACCAACCCAGGCCCGCAGACACAGUCAGCAGCGCUCAAGGAGCCCCUUCCUCAGUAGCCGCACUGGCCGACACUCAUGAACUCGCAAAAUCGUUCCAGGUCGCCAUCUCCAUCACAAGGACCAUCCCUCUCUCGGAACAGAGGACGACCAUCUUUUUCCGGGAUCGUAAACUUGACAAGCACAGCGGCGCGGGAACUGGGCGAUCCAAUGCCAACAAGGACUUUACUGCUGCGGGACAGCCACAACGGAGACACUCGCCUAAUCAUCAUCAUCAACAGGAACGACCCAAAACGACGUCUCCUAAGAGGUCACCAGAACUAACGUACUACAGCAACAAUAAUUACAACAGCGUGUCAAAGGACUUUUCAGUUGCUGGAUCUAUCGAUCACCACCAGCGCCAUGUCGAGUUCCCAGGAUCCGCGGCCGGCGCCUCCAGGACGACAGAGUUAUUUUCCCCCACUGUCCAAGACAGCAACAACAACAUGGAUCAUGACACAUUCCAGCAGCAGGAUGACCUGUCGUUCGAUCCCAACAUGGAUAUCCUGAACGACAACAACACCCUCCCUGUCGAUUUCGGAAACAUCUCCUGGCACCAGAACCAACUUAUCCCCUCAGCAACAGCAACAACAGCGCCGUCCUUUAAUGGGAGCGGUUCAGGCGUCAGCCAGUCGUUACCGGCCUUCAGUCAGGAGGAUCAGCAAUCUGUCGAGUUCAAGCAGCUCCAGGAACAUUAUGCCCAUCUUAUGUUGCAAGGCUUCACCGACAUCCCUAACAAUACCAACGACACCAACAACUCUAAUAAUGUCAAUGCUGGACGUCCGGGACCGGAUAGCGGUUACCUGGAGAUACUUGGCAGUGGUGGCGUGGUUCACCACCACCACCAGCAGCAGCAGCAACAGCAGCAGAUGAGCCCUCAACAAUAUACCCACCAAGGCAUGCCGCCUCAGCCUUCUUCGACAGACGCCACUCAUCAGCAGCGAAGUCUUCAGUUGUCCAAUUCAACAUUCACAAACUGGAGUGAUCCAUAUCCAUCCGAGAACCCAGGAUUCGUCUCUCCGCGGGUGACGACUCCGCCCGAGAGUCCACACCAACUGCGCAACUUCUCCAACCAUUCAGUACCCCCGGCCUUCGACCUUCACAAAAACAACACCCCUCAACAUCCCAUCCAACAGCCUCAGCCAGUUGUUCAGAACCACUACCCAGUCUCUAACCAAUCGGCUUCCACGGAUUCUGCAACAGAGGAAGAUGACGGCGACGGCUCCGAAACCGAGGACGACGAACCAUCCAUUGCCGCUGCCGCCGCCGCUGCAGCUGCAGUAGAAGCUGCGUCGACUCAGUGCACAAACUGCAACACCCGGACAACACCCCUCUGGCGCCGUGAUGCAGAUGGAAACCCGCUUUGCAACGCCUGUGGGCUCUUCUUGAAACUUCAUGGACGGACUCGACCCCUCAGUCUCAAAUCAGACGUUAUCCGGAAACGCAAUCGUGGUGGACUCAACUCCAAGGCCAACCUUGCAGGCGGUGCGGCGGACAAAAAUCGUGGCGGAUCCAAGAGCAGUGCGGAAAUGAACAAAUCGGCAAUACUUAUCACUAAGGUUGCGCCGAACCCCUGCGGGAGAGCCACGAUCGUAUCCAAGGAUAUCGACGAGUCAGCUCAAUCACCACUCCUCCCAGAUCCCUCCGGCCGUGGACCUGCCAUUGGACUGUUUGCGCCUCCACCACAGAGCUCAGCGACUAACCGGAAGCGCCGUCCUUCAACGGAUGUGGAGGUCUUGCAAUCGGGAACGGAUGCGGUUGCGGUGGCAUCCGCCGCGGCUGAGGUGAUUUCUUAUAUGGAUGCGAGGGAUAUUCAGGCGACCAUGGAUGCGCUUGAGCAGGCAGGGCUCCAGGCUCCCGAUAUGACUGGGUCUCUUCCUUUGUCAGAGUUACAGUAUAACCCGGCGGCGAUUGAGGAGCUUCAUCGCUCGAUGCAGCAGCAGCAGCAGGAGGAACAUCAAAAGCAAGGGCAGGACCGAAGGGAGCAUGAACAGCAACAACAGCAGCACCAGCAACAUGAAGCCAAUCGUCAGAACAUGGCAUACCUCACACCACCUGACGAUAUGCUCCACAUGGGCCACUUUGCACCCCAGCAACAGCGACAGCAGCAGCAACAGCAGCAGCAAGAGCAGCGGGGAGUGCAAGGUUAUAACGGACCGCCAUUCGCCACCAUGGUCCAUCACCAGCAUCAUCACCAUCACCAACAACACCAGCAUCCUCAGACCACAGCUCAGCUCCCGGCACAUAUGUUUGACGAGUCCUCAAUGGCGGCCAUGAACCAGCUAAUGGGCACGGACGGCCUCUCGUCCAUGGCAAUGUACCUUCUCUACAACGACAUGAUGUCCGCCACCGGUUCCCACCAGCCUCCUCAGUUCCAACAGCACCCGCUUCAACCGCCGCAGCAACAACAUCAGUAUCAACAAAAUCAUCAUCAGCAUCAGCAACCGUUUCAGCGGGAGGCAACACCUUCCGAUAUUGCCAGUCUUCUCUUCGGGAUGUCCCCUGCUCCUGCUGAUCCCCACGAUGGCGACGAUAAUGAUGACGAUGGCGAUGAAGGUGACCUUGAGGAUCACGGCAAUGCAGGCAACGUGACAUGGAUGCCUUCAGGACAGGAUCCUGAACAACAACAACUCCAGGCUUUGACGGUGUUGAUGGGUCAAUACCAAGCGUCCAAUAACCCACUCCCUUCCGGUCGUUAG